AUGGAGUCGUCAUUAAUAAAACAGUUAGGAGUAAAUGAGAUAAGGGAAGAAGCUUUGAAUAAUUACAUUACAGAAACAGAAGAUAUCCAUAGAAUACCUCUAAGGUCGAUGCAUACGUGUCUGGAUCAGAGAUGUUCGUUCGUUCCUGCGGAUCAACACCUCGAGGUAUCGGAUUAUGGCUUCCUGCUUCUUGAUGGCAUCGGCGAACGUGGCUUCGAUGUUCCUGCGUACUACCACGAACUACUUCAGCUUCUUGGCUUUGUUCAUCUCCGCCGCAAACCCUGUACUCAUGAAUUUCCAAAUAAUCACAUAGCUGAAAACGACGUCGCGAUGGGAUGA